AUGUCUACAGCCAGUGGUGUCUCCUCAGCUUCCACCAGCGAUAUCACAAGUGACAAGGCCUCUUCUACAAGUGGAGGUGUAGGUAGCUAUAUCCUCAGUGGUCUUGGUGUGGCCGCGUCUUCUACCACGUCAUCAACAGUGUCAAGCAGCACGAGCUUGAGUUACAGCAAUGAAUUCACCAAUUCGACAGCGUCAGCCACAUCUACAGCCAUCUCCAGCUUGACGACAAGCAUGUCUGGCAACGGGACACUUCCGAGCCCAUACACAACCUGGCACAACUACACCUACGCCACAAGCUGCGCGUACUCUGAUCCAGGCUGCCUAUCGACGUGUGGCCAAUAUUUCUCCAGCUGCGAGUCCGACUGGGCCAUCUUCACCCAGAAUGCGACAGCGAUCGCCACUCUCACAUCCACGUCCCUAUACCUCGAUCCCCAGGUGUCGACCAUCGCCCAGAUCACCAAGAAUGCCACCACAACCCUCACCCAGACUCUCAUUCGUGACAGUACCUCCUUUGUCGAGGUUGCCUCCACUGUGGUAGGCCUGGCAUCAGGAUCGCAGAGUUUGUCCACUACGUAUUCGCCGUUUACGUAUACUUCGUACAUCUACAGCUAUAGCAACACGUUGUUAACGGCGACACAACCAGGAUGCUCUAGCCCCGGCAACGCAAUGACAGCAUGCAUAUCAGGUUGCAAUCCGAAUUACUGUACCAUCACUGGUGGCACUGUAGACUUGCUGUACUGGCCAGUCGCGACAACAUCUCUUCACACAAUUGGCUCCGGCCUGAACGUAUCGACGAGCACGCAGAUUAUACCCAUCACGCACGCGCCAAAUGUUACUCGAACAACAGUAUUCAAAGGUAUAACGAUGACCUCACCUAGCGUGUACGUCUCCUUCGACUCUGCGUGGGCCUUCGAUGAGUGCAGCCAGCCAGUAGGUAGGAACCACAGUGGAAGCAUCAUCGCCAUGCUCCCGGACCAAGUGAGCUCGAUACAUGGGUCACUUGGGCCGCAGAUGGUUCCGGACGCUCCUCAUUUCCACGGGACUUGGAUACCGGCAUUCAUGAACUAUACGAACCUUGCGAUGACGCCCGUGCCGCUCUCUGUCUACCUCGAUCAGCCAAGCUGCUUCGACUCCUUCUGCAGUACGAUCUACACAGACUACAAGCCCGUCCUGUCCGUACCACAGCACGUGUUGAGUCUUGAUCCGGCUUGGAAGAAUUGCGAUGUGUUCUGGCAGGGCGUAUACGACCCACCCAAGGCCUUACAGCCGACCGACGUGGAAGCCACACCCACGACUCCAGCUGGCCAAGGCACAACGAGCACUGCAGCAUCUCCCAGCUCGACUCCUACCUCGCCAACUGCCUCCGCAACGGCACUUCCAAUCUCUGUCUCUACCAGCACCUCGGCGGCAGCUCAAAGUAGCGCCAGUAGCCCGCUACAAAAUUCUGCGACGGCGGUCGCACCUGCUGCGUACUCCGGCUCCAGCAGCAGUAGUACCGCACCGACACAAGCGCAGUCGUCAGUCGGGGCUGUGAAGUCUGCACGGUCAAGCUCAGCAUACGUCGCUAUGACAACCACCGGAAAAGUCUCAGGGGUGAGUUCUGGUGAUACAGUGCAAGCCACGAGCCAAACCUCGCCAUCGAAUGCGCUUGGUGUUCUCACCCAAGCCCAACAGAGCUCCAGUGAUCCAUCUGGUCCUGCAAAACAGACGACAUCAGCAAUAUCUAGUCAGCAGGAUCCUACGGCCCAGUCAAGUGCGAACACUGCGAGUCGAAAUAGCGGCAAUCCUGCCGUCGAUGGCACAGAUCCGGUACAAGAACAACGCACAAGCACUACCAUCAGUGCGGUUGCGGAUGCUGCGGACUCUGCCACUGUCGCUGCACCCCAAGCCACUGUCACCGCGGGCGGCCAAGCAUACACCGUUCUACCAGGCGCCAGCUCUUCAGCCGCGAUCGUCCAGACCUCGGGAACGAGCGUUACAUUGACAGAAGGCGCUUCUACUGUCGUCCUUGGGCAGACCAUCAGUGUUAGCUCAAGUGGUCUCGUAGUUGGCUUACAGACAGUGCCAGUGAUUACAGCUCCAGCGCGUACAGUCUCUUCGCAAGCGGUCGUGACUGCAGGGGGCGUGGCAUACACUGCUAGCGUACUCCUAUCUGGCUCCGCAGCUGUUGUGGCAGGACAGACUCUUUCCAUUGGGGGAUCUGCCAUCGCCAUCAGCGGCGCAACAAUUUCUGCUGCAAGUACUGGCCUGGUCGUAGCUCAGAGUGGCAGUACGAACACGGCUGUCUUCGAGGCAGCGUCUCCAACGACUCAAAUCGAGGCUGUGGUUACACUGGGCUCGCAGACUGUCACGGCUUAUCGACUAGCAGACACUUCCAAUGUGGUAGCCGUGGGCGGAACGACCUUGACUGUCGGCGGCGAAGCGAAGACAGUGAGUGGCGCCGUGGUUAGCGCUGGUACUAAUGGCCUCAGUGCAGACGGCAGAGUCGUGCCAUUUUCGACAGUGGUAGCAGCAGAUCCAAGUCAGAGAACAACACAUGUCAGCGGUGGGUCGCAUGUGGGGAAGGUCGUACAGGCUAUUCUUACAGCCGCUGGCCAGACAAUCACAGCGUACCAAGUCUCUACAUCUCCUGAUGCUAUGGCGAUCGACGGCACCACCCUAUCUGUUGGCGGAUCCGCUCUCACACUCAGUGGGCACACCUACAGUGCACAAUCCAGCGGGAUUGUUGAGGACGGGACACUGGCAGCCUGGUCGACGACGAUUGUUACUGCUCAAUCGAGUCAGACGGUAGCUUCGCCAAGCUCGUCGUUAGGAUCAUCAACUGGAAGCAUAUCAAUCCCGAAGGUCACCAGUGGAGCGACUUCUGCCAGUGGUAGUGCUAAGACAUCUGCAAUUCAAUCAUCAGAAGGAGUGCAGACCUCGCUUUCCAGCCGGCACGGACUUGGAUCGCUCCUCGGCGUCCUCAUCAUGUUUAUGCUGUAG